UGCCAAGUCAAGGUGAAUGUAAAUCAGGGGGGAGGGAGGGGCGCGCAGGCUUCAAGCACGUGACUGGCUCCCCAAGAAGGAGAGGGACGAUGGGGUGUUCCAGUAGUCAACGGAGUUUCAACUGUAUUUCGAUAAAUGUAUGGUUGAAAACCGCACGUUUCGGUGCUGCGGCUGUUUGCCUGAUGCCUCGGAGACGGCGCGGCGCGAAACCGAUCCGAAAUCCACUCCCGCGCAAGCUCUUUAGCAAGCGGGACGUGCUCCAUCCUAGAUUAAUUUAAAAUCCUUUAAACUUUUUCAUCAAUUAAACACCUCUCUAUUUAAUAGUUCCAACAGUUUUUCUUGGCAAAAGUUUUUACAGGUGAUAUUUAAGUACAUUUUAAAUACUGUCCGUUAUCUAUAAAUAGAAGCACCGGUAUUUAUUUACAUUUAGUUGUAACUUGACAUUCAGUGUUCAGUGCGUAUUGCCGGCGUGAGGUAAUUUUAAAGUCCUUAUGAAAGUUACCUACCUUUUAAAUUUAAUUUUAAAAUCUGGCUGUGAAUACUUAAUAAAAUUGUUGAGUAGAUUAUGAAAAUUCUAAUCUCAAAUUAAUUCAUAAUUUUAGAAGAAUAAAAACACGUAAGUCACAUAACGAAGACAUCAACUUAGUCUUAACUUACCUAUGAAAACUUGAAAAAUCAAUUAAAUAAUAUUUACUUACUAAGAGAAGUAGUUCAACAAAAACAUUUGAUCGUGUGAUACCUAUACGUGUGCCAGUACUAUAGAUAAUUGAAAAAUGUUAAAACCAUCAACAAUCGCAUGAAGCUUUUACAAGGAAUGAGCCUCGUCUUCGACCUUCUUUUGUGUCGGGACAUUACCAAAGUGAACCAAAGAGUGAAGAGUGAUCACCAGAAGAACAGAAAGUAAAGAAUACAUCACCGAUUGUCAUUUCAACUGACAACUGAAACUGGACAUUCAACACUGAAGUGGCCAUCUUCGACUGUUAUUGAAGUUGCACAACAAACAAGAAGUGAUGGCGAGCACGGGUGCCGAGGGGGUGUGCGGGUGGGGGCGGUGGCAGGUGCGGCUGGCGCUGCUGCUGGCGCUGCCCGUGUUGCUGACGGGCAUGUACUGCACCAACUACGUGUUCCUCGCCGCUGCUACUAAUCACAGAUGUUUCGUCCCAGAAUGCGAAGGCAACCUGAACGAGACGUCAUAUUCCGGGGCGCGCGCAGACUGGGGUGCGUAUGCGCUGCCCAAAGAUGCGUGCAGUCGCUACCAGCCGCUUGACGACACGUGUGCGAUCGAGUCGUUCAACCAGACGACGAUGGAGUGUGAGGAGUUAGUGUACGAGUCACACAGCAGCAUCGUGGCUGAGUUCGGCCUAGGCUGCCAAGAGUGGAAGCGCUCGCUGGUGGGUACCAUCCACAACGUGGGCAUGCUCAUCUCGCUGCCCAUCAUUGGACACAUCUCCGAUCAUUACGGCCGCCGCACGGCGCUGAUAGUGAGUGGCGUGGGCGCUGGGAUCCUCGGGCUUUGCAAAUCACUGGCUGGAUCUUACUACGCGUACUUGAUGUGGGAGCUCCUGGAAACCAUUCUGGGAGCCAGCGUCUACCCAGCCGCAUUCGUACUCAUGAUCGAAUGGCUGGGUGUUGAGCACCGGAUCCUCGCCAGUCUCGUCCUGGGCAUUCCCCUCGCCGGCGGCGCUGCGACGCUAUCCCUACUCGAUUACCUCGCCGGUUAUUGGCGUACCUGGUGCCGCAUAGCCUACCCACCUUCCUUACUCCUGCUGCUCUACCCCUGGCUGUUACCGGAGAGUAUCCGCUGGUUGGCUAUACAGAACCGCGUGGGUGAAGCCGUGGCGGUGAUGAAGCAGGCAGCGAGGUGGAACCGCGUGCAGGCAUCGGAUGAAGCGUUUGAGAAGAUGCUGUGUGAUCAGAAUGAGAAAGUUCCUGUGGCUAAGGUUGAGGAGGAGAGCCUGUUUGCGGCUUUUCUCAAAUACGGCGCCCUUCGUCGCCGCCUAAGCGUGUGCUUCGUGUGGUGGAUCUCAGCCGUAUUCGUGUUCUACGGAUUAGCAGUUCACGUUCACGCUCUGGGUGGCUCCGCGCACGCAACCUACGCGAUGGUGGCGGCGGCCGAGCUUCCUGCCUUGCUGCUCAACACGCUGCUGCUGGACCGUGCCGGGAGAAGGCCUGUGCUGACCGCCGCGUUCCUCACGACGGCUUGCGCACUUGUUGCGAUUUCCUGUUUGCCAGAGGGUAGCGGCUGGUGGGCCACAGCCCUGUACUUGAUCGGCAAGCUCGGCGCCACCAUGUCUCUGAACGCGCUGUACGUGUACACAGCUGAACUGUUCCCCACUCGCGCGCGGCACCGUCUACUAGCCGCCUGUUCUACCUGUGGCCGGCUUGGGGCUGUGCUGGCUCCGCUUACACCUAUGCUGGGCCAGUUGAAGCCUUGGUUGCCAACGGCUAUCUUCGGCACGCUGCCGCUGCUGAGCGCGGCGCUGACACGACUAGUACCUGACACGCUGCACGCCCGGCUACCGGACUCCUUUUCGGACCUGGAGCCGGCGCGCAUCCGCGCCGCUGACGUUUGAAGUUACCGCCGAAGAGUUGUAUAGUGGUCAAGAGAGGUCGCUAAGCUAACACAGCUGGACUUGAAGCGACAAUUGGUCUUGUGAUGGUACCUUUCUGGGUCUUGUGAGGAGCCUUUAUAACGUGCUAUAUCGGUACAUUAAGAAAGGAGUCAAUAAGGAUUGUGCUGGAACUACUAGAAUUAGACAUUAACGCUGUUAUUGGCAGGACAGUUGAUGAAUAUUAUUACCUAUAUUCACGAUAGUUGAAAUUCUCGACCUUUGCGGCGGAAUAAUUCAGCAGGGUGAAAUAUAUUAUAAAUAUCGAAUAUAUGUUAAGCGUAUCUUCCCUUAUUUUUAAGUAAUGCAUAAGUUCGUUGAGAUUAGUUUAUAUAAGUAAAAUAAUAAUAAAAGUGCGAAAGGAUGGAAUUCGGAGUUCUUACAUAUAGAUAUAGCGAAGACAUUGCGGCAAUCAUAAGUUGCUCUA